AGCAGACUUGAUUGAUCAAGUCGUCGGCCGGGAGUUUGUGAGAGAAAAAAAAAGUGUAUACAUUCUUACUUUUUUUUUUCUCUCUUCGUUUCUGUUUGACACUUACCUGCAUUUCUUGUACCAUAACCACAGCUCUCCACCAACUGGUGUAAGACACAGAGGACACCGUCGUCUUCGAGCGGACCACAGCUCAGCUCAUGCUAUCAGGGGAGAUAACCUUCACCUAACAACCUCAUCGCAACAGUUGUCUACCCUUUUCGAUCACGACCAGUGAUAAAUUCGCGAGACAUCUAAUUUAUACUACAUGUUUGUUAAAUCAGCCUGGCUGUUAUGUUUAGAUAUCUCGCAACGUAGUGUCGUCAAAACCAUUCUAGGGUUGUGAGAAUUUUAUAUACAAAUAUAUCCCUAAUCUACUGAAGUUUUGGUGUGGCUGACUAUGUUAGGUGGGAACAUUUUUAAAAGCCACCGUCCCUUUUUACCUGUGAAAUUAAUGUGACAUUGAUUGAUGGUGUUGAUGAAGAGCGUCAUCAGUCCAGAAACUGAUUUUCUAAUUUUAAAUCGUGGUUCAUUUCUCUCAAGUAAAUCUUGCAGUUAAUUGUAGAUAGACAUCUCGACAAAGUAGAGCCGAAAUUAAUUACACAUGGGACUUUCUUGUUUAAAAUUCGACUGUUACAUAGUUAUGUAAAAAUUAUGAUCAAUUCAAAACAGUGAUUACUUUAUUGUGUGCAUAAUUAAUUUUAAUGACAGUCGGUCAAAGAAGUGUGAAAAAGACAGUUGAAUUUUGAAGAUGGAUCCGCUUGAUAUUUCGUCUUUUGAGUCUCUGGGCGCCUCCGGCGGAACAAAGGAACAGGAAGACGAGCAGUUCCAUAGUCUCGGGGAAGAUGACCUCUUCGGAGAUAAGGAGGACCUUUUUGGAUACAAAGAGGACCUUUUUGAAAACAAGGAGGACGAUUUUGAAGGCAGCUUCCAAGUGAAGACAGCGCCUCCUAAGUUGUCUUCUACCAAGGAGAGUAACUUGCUGUUCAGCUUUGAUGAUGGCGGCGCCCCGGGGACUGGGAGCUCAAAUCCCCCUGGGUCACUCACAGACAUGUUUGCAGAUUUUGGGGAGAGUUCUGGCACCACGUCAGGUGGGCUGUUUGAUGAUUUGCUGGAUUUUACGGGGACUGGAAGUAAAACUGGGGACCUGUUUGAAACAACAGAGAAGUCACCGGAAGACAACAAACCGGUGUCCAAUGUUGACCUACUUUUCGGAGUGGACGAUGACCUAGUUCCAGCGGUGUCCCAGGAGGAGGUAGCGUCCAAACACCCAGACAUUUUGGAUUUCUUUGACGCCAUCCCGCCCACGGCAGCUGAGGAGAUCACCAUGGAAACAGAGGACACAGCCCCAGACUCCCUGGACUCAUUUGUCAUUGUUAACAAUGAGACCUCCCUGGGCGAGAAUGAGACCUCCCCAGUAAAAAAUGAGACCUCCCCAGAUAUUCUCAUCACCUCUGCUAGUAUGGAUGUAGAUGGGAUGAUAGAGGAUGAACAUAAAGAGGAAGAGAAGAAAGAUGAGUGCACGAAGGAAGAUACACAAACUCCCCAUAUAGAGGUGGAGGAGGAAGAUAAGGUGGAUGGGGCUAUCCUCAACAUACGUGAUCAAGACUUUGAUUUUUCUGUCAUGCAGCUUUCAGAAAGUCCCCACCUAAACUUUGACCACCUGAAACACAAGCGCACCUUGAGCCAGAAAGGUUCCAUAGCACGCAGGAAGAAACCGACCAGAGGCAUCUUACACAGUGACAACGAGGACAGUAUUUUCAAGGAUUCUACUGAGCCAAAGCCAGUGAAACAUGUUGAAGAUGAGGCAGAUAGCAGUUCAGCACAAGCUCAGUUGUUGAGCAAAGAGCCACAGAAGAAGGAGGAGGAGCCAGCCAAAAGAUUUGGGGGUGUGAAAAUCCCAGGGCUCCUGGAGGGGUUAAGUAAAUCUAAGGUAUUCUCUAAAAGUGAGAAAUCUUCAGAACCAGAGAAGCCAGCCAGAGACAAAUCACCAACGCCAGCGGUCAGAGCAUCCAGCCCCAGCAACACACCUAGUCCAGUGGUCCGUCCUAAGCCACUUGUCAUGCCCCGUGUUUUACCCAGCAUUUCUCUGAGGGCAACCAGCAAGACGAUCAAAGACACCCAGAACCAGAGCACAGCAGGUGAAAAUGGCUCGACCAAACCAGCUGGGGAGUCUUCCACCUCGCAGGUGAAAGAUUCCAAGGUCAACGGCGCGGCAGUCGAGUCUCCGAGAGAUGUCAAGCUGACCCCGGCGCCUGAGAAGGUAGCACCGAAAGUUUCUCCGUCACUCAACUCUGUCAAAGUGCUUCCCUCCAAGCCUGACCUACACAGCUCUUCCUCACCAACUGUCCAGAUUUCUCCCAAACCAGCAGCCAAAGUUCCCCCGCCUGUGCCUAAUAAGCCGUCAGUUCCUUUAAGACCAAGUAGGUCUAAUUUAUUCGGUUCAGCAUCUUUUUCCGCUUCUGACAAACCUAACCCUGUAGUAGCCAAAAGAACUGCCUUACCUCCCCUUGCACAGAAAAAUGGAGACAAAAACUCCCUAAAUCUAAAAGAACCAGCCCCCGAAACAGACAUCCAAAACUCUUCCAAAGAAAAAGACUCAACUUUCCCUUCGGAAACCACUUCUAAAAAUUCCUUAUCUUCAAAGUCAUCUGAUUCGACACCUGUUCCUAAACGAGAGCCAUUAUCAUUUUUAAAGUCGGAUAGCGACUUAAAAAAGAACACAGCAAUCACACGAGCUUCUUCCAUGAGAACAACCGGAUUAACCUCGGACUUCCUGGAUAAAACAAGACUCAAGUCCGUGGAAAGUAAAGUUUCCGCUAAAGAAAACCAGGAGGAUGUGUUCCAGGUGGAGACUAAAACAGUCGUCAACGCCAACUCUACAGCGCCUUGCGAUAGGUCCAACAGUCAGGACGACACAAAAGAGAAUGUUGUAGCGCCCAGGAAGUCCAGCAUCACCGGGGUGAGUUCUGUCAAGUCUCCGUCUGCCGUGGAUAAGAACCAGUCCAACAGACGUGGGAGUUUUACCGGCAGUGCGUAUAAUCCGAUUGGGUUCCGCCCAGCUGUGGUCAACGCCGAUGAGGUCAGUAGAUCCAGGGGGAGUUCCACGUCCAGCAUGGAUGGGAGCCUUGCUCUGUCUUCACCUAUCAUUGGGGAAGUUGUUCUCAGGCAGGAUUUGUUAAGCAGUUCUGACAGUCAGAAAUCUAAGGAGGGACCAGUGACAGUUGUUAACAAACAAGAAAAGAUAACUCUGGAAAAAUCUUUAGAUGAAACUAAAGUGAUUAAAACAACAUCAAGCCAGCAGAACAGGUGGGAGGUAAACAAGAAAGAGGCAGCAGAAGUGACAAACAACAGCAUUAAAAACCAGACCAAAUCGCCACGAGACUCAGUUUUAUUGAACAAGAGUAACGGCACCAUCACAAACACAGAGAAAAAAGAAGGAACACCAGAAAAGUCCUCCUCACCCUGGGGUGUGCGUUUGAGAAAAGUCGAGAAAAAGGUGAGACAAAUUGAGUGA